AUGGAAAAGAAGGAGGAUAAUGUCAUGCGGGAGAUUAAGGUUAACAAGUUGGUCCUAAACAUUUGCGUUGGAGAGUCAGGAGACAGGCUCACCAGAGCAGCGAGAGUGCUAGAACAACUCACAGAACAAAAACCCAUUUUUGGAAAAUGUAGAUUCACCAUCAGAUCCUUUGGUGUUAGGAGAAACGAAAAAAUUUCUUGCUUUGUAACAGUGAGAGGGAAGAAGGCAUUGGAAAUUUUGGAGAAGGGACUCAAGGUCAAGGAGUAUGAAUUAAGAAAGAAGAACUUCUCCGAAACUGGUAACUUUGGUUUUGGUAUUCAAGAGCAUAUUGACUUAGGUAUAAAAUACGACCCAUCUACUGGUAUUUAUGGAAUGGAUUUCUACGUGCACUUGUCCAGGCCAGGUUAUAGAGUUACCAGAAGAAGGAGAAAACGAUCCACCAUCUCCAAGACACAUAAGGUAACAAAAGACGAAGCGAUGAAAUGGUUCCAAACUAAAUUCGAUGGUAUUUUACUUAAGUAG